GUAUGGGCAUUUAAAGGACACGACUUUUGCAUCGCGUCGCAAGCGCUGAGCGUCGUCAGCCCUGAAGAGGAAGCAAACGCACCCGGCCGUCGAUGCGGAAGUGACGCCACGGCGCUGCAAUUCAAAUCGUUUGAGGAAGUCGUUAAAAAAAAAAAACUAAGAACCGACAUCGGAAGGACUGUUCGAACACAGAAAAGGCUACUCUUCUACCCCUGCGUAUUUUCAGAUUGAGAGAGAAGCACCAUGACAUCCAAAGGGGCAAAGGACACCUUUGUUGCCAAACUGGGUUUCAAAUCCGGCAGCUCUGCCUCCAAAGCCGAAGCCGAAGUGGAGCGAGUCAGGAAGGAGAACGCCCAUCUCAGGAGGAAGAUUGACGAGCUGUCCAAACGACACAUUAGGCCGCCCGAUGUGGACAAAAGCAAGCUGCUGGAAAGGAUUGUUUCGCUGGAGACUCUUCGUGAGAGGAACAAUCAACAGUUGCUGGUCAAGGAGCAAGAGUUGGAAACUGUGAGGCAACAGCUGGCGGCCAAAGGGGGAGAGGUGGUGGCGGCGCUGCAGUCCCAGCUGGAGCAGCGGCGCAAGGAUGCGGAGCAGAGGGACCUCCACGUGCAGAAUCUCUCGCAGGAAACGGAGAACCUGAAGAACAAGCUGGUCACGGUGUCCAGCCGCUGUCAGGCCCUGGAGACGCAGGCGGCGAAUGGAGCGGCGCCCUCCGCAGACUUGGCCUUGGUGCAGGAUCAGCUGAGAGACGCCCUGGAGAAGAACCGGCAGUGGCUGGUGUACGACCAGCAGCGAGAGGCCUUCGUCCAGUCGCUCCUCGCCCGCUCCCGCGAGCUGGAGCAACAGCCGAGCCGGGCCGAGCGGCGGGACUUGGCUUCUCCCGCCGCCGCAGGGGGUGCCGCCAGGGACGCCGCCGGGGACGCCGCUUCCGACGGCUCGGAGAAGGAAGCGCAGCUGGAGAGCCGCGACGAGCGGUCCGCGUCGGCCUCGCGGGAAGAUGAGCUGGCCGCCACCCGGCGGGAGCUCCUGUCGCAGAAGGAGCUGGCGCUCAAAAGUCAGGCGGAGCUGCAGCGCCAGACGGAGCGCGCCGCCCGGCUGCAGGAGGAGAAGACGGCGCUGCAGCGGCUCUUGGACCACAAGGACCACCAGCUUUCGUCCCUGCAGAGCAAGUACGAGGAGAGGGCCCAAGAGCUGGAGGAAGCCAGGCUGCGGAUGCAGACGGAGCGGCUCGGCAGCAGGCGUGCGGUUUCCGAAGAACAGCGGCUGUCCUCGGAGCGGGCCGACAGGAUGAAAGCUGACCUGGAGAGCCUGCAACUCAGGCUGGAGGACGAGAAGGAGAGAUCUGCCCAACUUCUGCUCCAGGUCAACCUGCUGCAGAAGUCUCUUCUGAGCCAAAAUGAAGAGCAGAGGAGGAUCGCGGCGCUGGAGCAGCAGAUCCAGCUCUCCGUCCAAGACUUUGAGAAUGAGAAGCUGGACCGUCAGAGCGUGCAGCACCAGCUUCACAAGGUCCUGAAGGAGCUCCGCAAGGCCCGCGAUCAGAUUGCCAAGCUGGAGUCGGUCAAGCAGCCCAACGGCCGUUUCUCCGAGCCCGGCUCCUACGGCGGGGCCGAGGUGGGGCGCUCGCCCGCGUCGCCCUCUAAAGCGGGCGGCCUCCUGGACGACAGCUUCCUGGAGUGCCCCCGCUGCCGAGCUCACUACCCCACCAGCCGCCACCGAGACCUGCUGGCCCACAUCGACUUCUGCUUGGCUUGACGUGACACUUGGGAACGGGGGCAACCGCUUGAAAAUCAGGAAAGCCCGCUUUUGCUCUUUCAAGGAGCGACUUCCCGCUUCAAGUGUCAUUUGCCUUAUUUAGUCCUAUUUAUUCUUUUGGGUGUUUUUUUUUUCCUUUUCCAGUGAGCUGGUGACUUUUUUUGGGGAUCUUUUUAAGCUACUUCAUCGUGUGAUGACGUAUGAUUGCAAGACGGCCAUCAGGAUUGAGCACUCUAAGCCGCCGCCGUCAUUUUUUAAGUCACUCCCUUGUUUACGGCAUCGGCGCCUCGAUUUUUUUUUUUUUUUAUUCCCAGUGCUGCUGUAGAAAUCUGAAUAGACAGGCAGCCGACCUUCACCUGCUGUGUUUUAAUUCCACCUCCACCUCGACUUGUCAUGUCCGCAGCGCCGCGAGGCUGCAACCAGAUUGCGUUUCGUUAAUUCCUUGUGCUCGGCUAUUUAAGGCAGCGGCUUAGUCCACUCCAUCGAGGGAAAGGUGUCUCAGAUACCCCCCCCCCCUACCGCCACCCUUUGGCAAUGUGACUUUGGAGGCCUGUUGGGGUUUUUAUUUUUUUAAGGAGGAUUCCACUGGUGUCAGUCAUCUGAUCAUGUCUGUUUUUUCCCCUCAGUGUACUGCUUGCAACCUGCGCAAUAAAAUGGUGAAACGGCUUC